AUGAGCCACGGAAAUGGACAGGCACAUACACAGACACACGCGCACGUAGAUAAGGUACUGGAGAAAGGAGGGCCAUUUACAGACGAGUACUUUCAAGCUGGAAAAGAUGUUAAGAAGUUCUUGAGGGAGCAAUGCAAAGUUCUUAUCAUCGGUGCCGGUGGAUUAGGCUGUGAGAUUGUAGCUAAUCUCGCUCUCACUGGCUUCUCAGAUCUUCAUAUCAUCGAUAUGGACACCAUUGACGUCUCAAAUCUCAACCGUCAAUUCCUGUUCAGAUCCUCAGAUGUUGGCAAAUCAAAGGCAGUUGCCGCUGCAGACUUUGUGAUGAAGCGUAUACCCAACGUUAAAGUAACAGCCCACCACAACAAGAUACAAGACUUUGGUGAUGAUUUUUAUAUGCAGUUCAACUUGGUGGUUUGUGGUUUGGAUAGCGUGGAAGCUCGGCGCUGGAUAAACGCAACUCUCUACAACAUGGUCGAUGACGAUAACCCAGAGUCGCUAAAGCCAUUGAUCGAUGGCGGUACGGAGGGUUUUAAAGGCCAGUCGAGAGUAAUUUUACCCACCAUCAGCAGUUGCUACGAGUGUAGCUUGGAUAUGCUCACACCACCGACUACCUUCCCGAUCUGUACAAUUGCAAACACUCCACGCUUGCCCGAGCACUGCAUUGAAUGGGCCAGUGUGCUGGAAUGGCCUAAAGUGUUCCCAUCUAAAAAGCUCGAUAACGACGACCCAGAUCACAUCGAGUGGCUGCUCAACAAAUCUCUCACCAGAGCCACGGAGUUUAAUAUUGAGGGAGUGAAUUGGUCAUUGGUACAGGGCGUCGUAAAAAACAUAAUACCAUCAGUCGCAUCAACAAACGCAAUCAUCGCUGCAAGUUGCUGCAAUGAAGCAUUCAAAAUAGCGACGACAACAGCUGCAUAUUUGAACAAUUACAUGAUGUUCAUAGGAAAUGAGGGUGUCUUCACCUAUACAUUCGAGCACCAGAAGAGGGAGAGCUGCGUGGUGUGCGGUGGUGAAACGAUGGACUUGGAAGUUAAAGACGAAAUGAUUGUGGAGGACUUGCUUGAGAUAUUGAAGCAGAAAGCAGAGUUUCAAGUGAGGAAGCCUUCACUCAGUAACGAUCAAGGGAAUAUCUAUCUUCAAUACCCACCACAAUUAGAGGAAUAUACUCGCCAAAAUCUGAGUAAAUCACUCUCAGAUUAUAAAGGACAGACUAUUCUUGUCACUGACGCUAACUUACCUUUCAAAUUGAGUUUGAGAUUGGUUUGA